CUUCCGGUGUUUUAGGGCAGGCAGGUGGUGGAGCAAGGUGUCCCCGGGAAGAGAAGGCGUGGGAGCGGCCGGGGCAGAGCAGGACAGUGCGGGGCUGAGGCCUGGACCGACGGAACGGACCCGGGGAGGUCAAAGGUCCUGGCUAUUAUCUAUAACCCCGAGGAACUACAAGUCCCGGCAUGCCCUGCAGCUCUGAGAUGAUGUCUCGUCCAGGGAAGAUGGCGCAGUGUUAUACAGAGGAUGGUGGUCUGUGAGCGGCCAAACCCCCCCAAGGACAGGUGAAUGCAUCCGAUCAGAGACAUGGAGGACAAGAGGAACAUUCAGAUCAUAGAGUGGGAGCAUCUGGACAAGAAGAAGUUCUAUGUGUUCGGGGUGUGUAUGACAAUGAUGAUCCGGGUCAGCGUUUACCCCUUCACGCUGAUCCGAACAAGACUUCAGGUCCAGAAAGGUAAAAGCUUCUACAACGGGACGUUUGACGCCUUUGUGAAGAUCGUGCGGACGGAGGGGGCGGCCGGACUGUACCGCGGUUUCCUGGUCAAUACGUUCACCCUGAUCUCCGGACAAUGCUACGUCACCACCUACGAGCUCACCCGCAAAUACGUGUCCUGUUACAGCAGCAGUAACACUGUGAAGUCCCUGGUGGCGGGCGGAUCGGCGUCAUUGGUGGCACAGAGCAUUACCGUGCCCAUCGAUGUGGUGUCCCAGCACCUUAUGAUGCAGCGGAUGGACGAGAGUAUGGGGCGGUUCAGAGUACGAGCCGCCGACAGGAAACAGACUCUGAUGUUCGGACAGACCAAGGACAUCAUCCACCAGAUCUUCAAAAUCGAUGGUCUAAAGGGAUUCUACAGAGGAUAUGUGGCCUCACUGCUCACAUACAUCCCAAACAGUGCCGUCUGGUGGCCGUUCUACCACUUCUAUGCAGAACAAUUAUCCCGCCUGUCGCCUGAACACUGUCCCCACCUCCUGCUCCAGGCUAUCUCUGGCCCACUGGCAGCUGCCACAGCAUCCACCAUCACCAACCCAAUGGACGUCAUAAGAGCACGUGUGCAGGUGGAAGGGAAGAGCUCCAUUAUCGGCACAUUCCGGCAGCUCAUGGCAGAGGAGGGUCCCUGGGGUCUGACCAAAGGCCUCUCUGCUCGGAUUAUCUCUGCCACCCCCUCCACCAUUGUUAUAGUAGUGGGCUACGAGACUCUGAAGAAGCUUAGCCUGCGCCCCGAGCUGGUGGACUCUAGACACUGGUGACUCUGUAUAUAUAGAGUUGGUACGAUGUGUAUAUUUGGGUGCUGCACCCAGGAUAGAGGACAUUAUGCUGAACAUGGACACGCAGAAUCAAUGAGAAUCCACUGGAGUGUACACAAUGUGUGUGUAUAUAUUUAUUGUGUAAUGUGCACAAGGACUGUAUGUUGUGCAGUCAGGAUAUCAGGGCGCUCCUCCUGAUCAAGGAAACCACUACUACUACUGCCCCAGGAUCACCGCAGCGGCCAGCAUCCACCUGGGGUCCCAGUAUGGCCACCAAAAGGGUUUAAUGGUAGCUGGUGGGUUGUCCAUUGCCGUCCUAAGGGAUAUGGGACAACAAUUGGCCUUUUAGAACGUUUUUUUUUUAAUUACCUUAUUUAAAAAAAAAAACUAAAUGUUAUGGUUUUUAGAAUGUGGUAUAGAUUUUAUACAGAGCUCUAUUCAAUUUUAUUUAUGUGAUUUGCCAAAUCUGGGGGUGACUUUUUGAGGACGAGGGCAGCGAGGGGUUCUGAUCCUUUACAGAACCAAUCAUUUUAUUAAUUUUUUUUCCAUUAUAAUGGUUAUUUAAUGAUUGACAGCUCAUCCAUAAAGCUGCAGGAUCUCCAGGUUAGUGCCCUUGAGGUCAAUCAGAUAACUGUGGCAGGAUAGAUAAGGUCUGUACCUGGUGGGACCCCCUAUUGUACUUGUCUGUGAGGUGACCCGCUAUGUGUGUAUAUUACACAUCCAGAUCUUACUGAUAAUAUUGUGACUUAUGUACAUACCACACUGUGAGUAUUGGGGGCGCCGCUGCUCUCUGUGUAUUAGGACACUGACGGGAGAUGCUGGAAAUGUCAGCAAUAAAAUGCCAGUGAAUAACCUGGUUUACCUCCAGAUCCCAUUAAUCUUUUAUCUUUUGUUGCCUACAAAAACCCUUUAUUCUGUAUGUCAUUAAAUGUUAAAAUAACAA